AUGAGAUUGUUCCGAUUCUGCAAGUCAAAGUGCCACAAAAACUUCAAGAAGAAACGUAACCCAAGAAAGACCAGAUGGACGAAGGCUUUCAGAAAAGCGUCCGGGAAGGAUUUGACUGUUGACAACUCGUUGGAGUUUGAGAAGCGCAGAAAUAUUCCAGUCAAAUACAGAAGGGAGCUGUGGGCCAAGACAGUGGAGGCGAUGAAGAAGGUGGAAGAGAUCAAACAGAAACAACAGGCAAAGUUUAUCAUGAACCGGUGA